CAAACUCCUUGGAGCCUCGCUGCAGAGGAGUGGCAAAACCAAACGCUAUCAGGACUCAGCAGGCAGCUGCCUAGCCCACUGACACACACACACACACACGCACACACACACACACACACACACACACACACACACAGAGCAAAGCAAACAGAGGAUCCCCCCAGCAGCGUUGGAUAUGACUCGUCCACUGAGGUGGUGUGGUGCUGUGGAGUUUAAGUGACUUUGGGAAUAAGCAGUUCUUUAUGCAGGCAGGAUGUCGGUGAAGCUGCAGUUCGACUCUCCCUCAGAUGGGGGUUUGGUCCACAGGAGCCGGUCCUUCACAGGCUUCAGCUCUCUGACUGGACGGAGACGGCCCUCCUCUCUUCAUAACUCUCUUCGUUCCAAAGCCAUGGCUGCAGGUAAAUCUCCCAGGGUGCACCUGUCUCCCAGCAGAGCGGCAGGAGCGAUCUGGACUCAGCAGCCGGAGCAGGUGGACAGGAUCUUCCAAGCGUUACGCAGAGGACUCAAAGAGUACCUGGAGUGUCACCAGGUGGAGAUGGACUUCCUGUCUUCGCAGCAGAGAGAGACGAAGAGGAACUCCAGGCUGGCCUUCCUCUAUGACCUGGAGAAGGAGAUCCGAGCGCUGGAGAGGUACAUACGAAGACUGGAGUUUCAAAUCAGCAAGGUGGAGGAACUGUAUGAGACGUACUGUAUCCAGUGGAGGUUGUGUCAGGGAGCGGUCAACAUGAAGAGAGCCUUCUCCCUCUCCCCCUCCACCCGAGCCUCCAGAGACAGUCUGCUGGAACUCAACCGCAACCACCGACACAGCCUGCAGGAUAUGUCGGUUUUGGAAGGAGAGUUAGAAAUCCUCUUGGGAGAACUACAUAUCAAAAUGAAAGGGCUGAUCGGCUUCGCUAGACUCUGCCCUGGAGACCAGUACGAGGUAGUGGUGCGAUUGGGCCGUCAGCGUUGGAGGAUCAAGGGGAGGAUCCAAUCAGACGACAGACAGUCUUGGGAUGAAGAGGAGAUGGUCUUCCUCCCACACAUACAUCACAACUUUGAGAUCAAGGUGACAGAGGCAAAGGGUUUGGGUUGGCUGCUGGUUGGCAUGGUAACGUGUGCGAGCGCAGACUUCUUUGUGGCGAGGCCGCAGCUGAUGUUGGUGGAUAUCACGGAGCUGGGAACCCUCAAGCUACAGCUGGAAGUCUCCUGGAAUCCAUUUGACAGUAGUGAGAGGAUGCGUGCAGUGUCUCCCAGCAGGCAGUCGGUGUCCAGCAGAAAAGGUUCAGUCUACAGCUGGACAGCACCUAGUACCCCAUCCUUCACUGAGAAAUACUUUAUAUCCAUGGUGCGUCAGCUACAGGACUCAGAGGGCUCAAUCCCAUCACUGGUGUCCAAAAGUCGUCCCGCCAGAGGAGGAGUGUCCCUGCUCAGCUACCUGUCUGACCCCUCCCACACCACCAUCAUGUCAAACCACAGCCCCCAAAGCCCCACCACUCCAAGCCUCACACGGACAUCCAGCUACCCGUCCAGCACCAGUCAAGGCACCAGUCUGGGCGGAAGCCAGACCCAGCUGUCUGUGGGAGAGGAGGAAUCCCUGGAGGUUUCUACAGAGGACAGGGAGAUGAAGAGGACUAGGGGGGAAAGGGAGGAAGAGGAGGAGUGGGGAGGUGUGCCGGAUGCUUCUUCCACACAAAUGGAGAGUAAGACAGGCUCCCUGUUGGCGCUACAGAGGUCUAGUACCCCAGACAUCCUCAGAAAGAACACAGUUGGAGAGCUGCCAGAAUCUCAGCCCCACCCAGGCCUCAGCGAGAGCCCUGACCCAGGACAGGACACCAACAGCGGGCAGGUGAAGACUGCAGAAAGUCCUUCUCUUAUGGAAAAGUCCCCAGAAAGUCAGCCAUCUCCUGACCAAGCGCCAACCGCACCAUCUGUCCAGCCCUCAUCUUUACCCCCGAGGCAGGGGGUGAGCGGUACCCAGCGCAGGGCCCAGGCGCUCAGGCUGGGAGCCUUGACAGCAGAGCUGGAGAAAACCUUACAGAGCCUCAACUGCUCUGAGAAGGAGCUGAGAACCCUGGACAACCAGAUACUGCACCUAGCAACCAUAUUGAAGAACGACCUGUCCCUGUUGAAGAGCUCGUCGUCAGAGGAGACCCUCGCUGUGGAAGAAGUCCUGGGCAGUUUUGAUUUCCUGUCACAUGACUUCAAUGCAGAUGAUGACAUUUCCUGUUUGGGAAGCCUGAGACUUAAAGACAGUGGGAUCAGUUCUUUCCAGCAAAGUACUCUGAGGAGUCUGGGCCUUCUCUCCCAGGACAGCCAAUCAGCUUCUGAGGACGAGCUGGCCAUCUCGCCACUGACUUCUGGGAACUGGAGUCUUGACCAGGCCCUGGAGACUCACCUGGACAUCUGCAGCAUACUGCUCCAGGCUAUAAAUACAGUAGACUGCAGUCUCUCUAAGAGGGACCUGCUGGAGGAGAUGGCUCUCCAAGCUGAAGUCCUGGACAGAGUCAGUUGUCUGCUACUGGAGAAGAACGACACCAUCUCUGCCAGUGACAUCCUCCCCAAGACCCAGAGAACGAGGGAUGUGCUGCUGUUCUGGGAGGAGUGUGUGGACAACAGCAGCUCUUCUUUCUGUUGCCAUGCUGACAGCUUCUCCAGGACGCUACGGAAACGCUACACACACAAGGUCAAGGCCAAGCAACCCGGCCAAUCAGAAAAAGUGUUUUCCCAGCUGCUGCAGCAGGUCCAGGCGGGCUGUCGGAUGGUGCCCAGCCCGCGGCCCGUCUGUAGCCCAGAGAGAGUCACCCUCUUCCAGCUGUCAGUGUACCUGAAACGCUGGGGCAUCCAUGAUCUGGGAGAGCACAUCUCACGCCUCUCCAAAGAAGUGUACAUUUUAUCAGCCCUGAGGAGUCCCAAAAGGAGGCAGGCUUUAAAGAAGCUGAGGGGGCGGGGCGUCGUGGAGCUCCUCCCACUGAGCAGCACACUGCAGACGCUGGCUGCCCUGCAGAUCGACCCCAACCACAAAGUCUGCAAAGCUGCAGCCAGCUGCCUCUGCAGGGCGGCAGGCUGCAAGGCCUUCAGGACCAAGGCUGUGGUGUACUACACAGAGAGUUUGAAGCAGACUGACGUCCAAACCCAACAGGCUGCCUGUCUGGCUCUGAAGUGCCUUAGGGCGACAGAGAGUGUGGAUCAGAUAGCAGAGUUAUGGAGGUCAGCAGAUGAAGAUCUACGCAGUGCAGCCAGAGAGACAGUGCUCUCCUUCGGUAAGAAGGGCCACCUGGCCUUCCAGAGGAUGGACCAGCUGUACACUGAGAUGCAGGAGGAGGCCUACCAGAACCAAGACACUGAGAUUACCAUUCUAUAGGACACAGGCCCUCACACAACACACAUCACAUGUGCUGAGGGUCUGUUUCUGGUGGGAUCCUGUAUACAGAGUCUCGGUGAUCCUGAGUGCCAGGGUGAGAGACUAAGUUUACACAAAGUUUGGGUCUGGGACCGAUGAACUGCUGGGUUGAGGCAUCUUCAUUUCCAGACUACAGUGAUUUUCAUAGCUCUAAAGAGUCUGCAACAUCCCAUCCCUGCGUCUCAGCCAAUGUUUGGGUGACAUUGUUCCUUAAAGCUGCACUACUUUGCACAUUGAUGGCUCCAAAUGGGCACCAGAGGUAACUGAACUUCCUGUAACAUCUGUAAACUGCACACAGCACACUCAUGUUUACCUACCUAUCUUGCCUGUGAUGCUUCAUAACAAAGAGACAAUAGAGACAAAAGGCAAAAUGUAAUGUUGGUGAGGCGAGCUUUCUCUGGAUGGAGAAAACGCUGUUUGGAUUCAUUACUUCCUGAUGGAGACGUGACCAAACCCGACCCCUGAAUAUAAUCAGAUCAAACAGGGUGAUGCUACAGUAUCUGAUGCUGCAUUUGGGUGAGCCUUGUCAACUCAUAGUGUGAAAAAUGUCACUUAACCAACUUUUAUGUGGCAUAUGUUCAUGUUUGGUUAGUAGUGUCCACUGGGAUGUCAAGAGGCUGCACCAAUACCAUCGCCCAUUGAAAGAUGUAAACAAUGAAUGCCUGGAGUAAAUAACUUAGCUCACGAUGAUUUUGCUUACAUUGAUUGCACAUUGUGAUUGAAAAAGACAAGUUCAUGAUUAUCUAUGAUUGACUUGGUACAUUGUUUUCAAUUUGUCCACAUAUAUCAAAGUGAUAUGUCACAGUCUGUAAAGUUGUGCCACGUAGUUGACAAGGACCACUCGAAUGCACCAUCAGUUAGACGGGAAGGGAGACU